GCCAGCGGGGGCUGGCCGCCCCGGCCAGGGUGCGGGCGAGGGUGACGGAGCCCUGGGCCUCCCGCAGGUCCAUGGUGCGGGUGCGGGCGGUGGUGAUGGCGCGCGAUGACUCCAGCGGGGGCUGGCUGCCCCUGAGGGGCGGCGGGCUGAGCCACGUCAGCGUGUGCCGGGGGCGGCCUGCCGAGGGGGGCACCCGGCGGACCCAGUACCUGAUUCGGGGAGAGCGGCUGCGGGACCAGAGCACCAUCCUGGAGUGCGUGCUCAAGCCGGACCUGGUGUACAACAAGGUGAACCCCAUCUUCCACCACUGGCGCCUCGACAACAGCAAGUUCGGCCUGACGUUCCAGAGCCCGGCGGACGCCGACGCCUUCCAGAGGAGCCUGCAGGCCGCCCUGGCCGAGCUGGGCCGAGGUUCGCUCUCCCCGUCCUCCUCCUCUUCCGCUCAGGAUGAAGCCGAAACGGCUGAGCACCCCGCCACGACGCGCACGGACAGCGAGUCCUCGUCCAACGGCCGCCAGGAGAUGCGGCCCAAGCCGCUGACCAUCAUCACCAGCGAGUCCUCCUCCAGCUGCUACGGACGCUCGCCCACGUCCGACGAGUACGCCCCCCCAGCACCCGGGGCCCCCGCGCCCUCCCAGAUCCGACCGCCUCCUCCGCCCUUCGCCGAGGUGGAGGAGGAGGAGGAGGCGGAGGAGCCCUUGGAGAUCGCCGCGCCGCCCCCCGGCCGGGACCCGUGGGUGACCAAAGGCUACGAAGACUACCGGCGGGCCGAAGCCCAGCGGACCCCCGGCCCGGCCAAACCCGCCGUGUGCGUCCACUUCGACAAGGGCGGCCUGGGCCGAGAGGGGCACCACCGCCCCCCGCCCCGGGCCCCCAAGACCUCCCCGUCCUGCCGGAUCCACGGAGCCCCGCUGUCCCCGUCCAAGGGGGGCUCCGGGGCGGGAAGCGGGCUAGGCCUGGGGGAGGCGGCGGAGGAGGAGGAGGAGGGAGACGAGGGCGGGGAGGACGACGACGACGACGACGACGAGGAGCGGGAGGGCGAGGCCGGAGGCCCCGGAGGACCGGUCCCGCGCUGCGUCUACUGCCGGGACGUGCUGCGCGGCGAGGAGAAGGGCCGAGGCCGGUGCCAGGACGCCCCGGACCCCGUGGGCCGCUGCCUCCGCCAGCUGACCUGCCUGUGGUGCGCCGAGAGCCUCCUCUACCAUUGCAUGUCGGACUCGGAGGGCGACUACACCGACCCCUGCUCCUGCGACCCCGGCCACCCGCAGUUCUGCGCCCGCUGGGCCGCGCUGCUGGCCCUGGCGCUGGCCGUGCCCUGUAUGUGCUGCUACCUGCCCCUGCGAGCCUGCCACUGGGCCGCCCGGCGCUGCGGGUGUUGCGGGGGGCGGCACAAGGCGGCGCGGUGAGGGUGGGCACCCGGGUGGGCGAGGGGGGGGGGUCCCCCCUCCCUCCCUCGCCCGGACUCCUCUUGGCCGGACUCGGGAGUCGCCCGCCCAUCACGUCCGCGGGAUGGGGGAAGGGAUGAAGUGGGGCGCAGACUGGGGGGGGCGUCCCCUCCCGCCACCCACCCUGAUUCUCAAGCUUUCAGCUUGUGCUCCUGCACUCCGUGCCAACCUCUCCAUUUUUCCUUUUGCCCCCCCAUCCCACCCCCAACCCCCAGCUCCCAUCCCCAGGGCCCCUCUCCAUCCCCCGCUCCGCCCUAAGCUGGGCACCGUGCCCUCGGGGAGGAAGUGGGAGCGGGCAUCGGCGGAAGCCAAGGAGAGCGGGGCGCAGCAGGGUUGCGGGGGUGUUUGCGGGUGUGUGUGUGUGUGUGUGUGUGCGCGCGCGUGUGUGUGGCCUCUGCCCUCCCCCCUCCCCAACACCUCUUUCCCCUCCGCCAACGGCCUCGGCCCAUCUGGCCGGUGCCAGGGUGCCAGGGAUGCCAGGCAAGGUCAGUGCGGACGGCCCGCAGGGUCCAUCCGGCCCCCGGGGCGGGCAGGGCCGGGCUUUAUUUAAUUUAAAUUAUUGAUUAUUUAUUGUGCUGACAGAUUCAUUGAUUUCAUUGAUUGAUUGAUUGAUUGAUUUAGUGCCUUUUAGCGCAUUUCACGUUCACGCCCACAAGCUGGGUGGGUUCAGCGGGGCCUGUGGGGGAGGCAGCCAGAG